CCUAACGGUGCAAUUUCAUUUUCAUAUGCGAUCCAACAGUUCAUUUUUAGAGUGGCAAUUUUGAAAUAAAAACCCAAUUGAUGGACAUUUAUAACUCCCUUUCUCCACCCCUUCUAAUUCGGUUCUCUGAACCCAAACGACGUCCUGCCAUCUCUCCUCCCUUAGUGCUUUAGCGAUCGAACGACCAGAGGGAGUCCAUCGUCCUUUCCUUCAUCGUCGAUAGUCGUCUUCCUCUACUUUACGACGUUCCUCAGCACUUCGAUCAUCCUCCUCCGUCCAUCCGUGCAUAGAGCCAACGGAAAACAACGGCUGCAUCUCCCCCUCAGCUCACGAUUUCAUUUUCCCCACUAAUCGAGGAUUGAUCCAAUGAGAUUAGGUUUGGUGCAAUUGGGUUCAUAUGGGUUCAAUUUAAUUUGAUUAGGUUUGAGUAGAUUACGGCGGAUUAAGACCAACUGAACAAGACGGGACAAACCUAGGGAUGGUAGCGACCGGCUAUCGUCACUGAAACCUAGCGAUGGCAGCGACCGAAGAUCUUUUACAUUCUUAGGGAAGUAAUGAGCGUUCAGGAUUCUCGUGACUAAUUUCCAUUGUUUAUAUUGCAGUUUUUUCUUUUGGUUCUUUUCAACAUUAAGGCUUACUUUAAAUCAUCUGUGUCACCUUAAGAAUGUGCAAAGCAUUUUCCAUCAUGUGUGCCCAUUCAAACGGAGAUCUUCUUGCCUUGUGGAAGGUCACCUUUUAAAUUUGAAUCAAGGAUCUUUAGGAUACACAAUGAGCCUGAAUUUCUUUUGAUCUGAAAGUCUAGGCAAUAUGAUUAUAUGAACUAUCAUCUUUUUAGUUCUCUUAUACUUCUGCCUUCAUUUAAUAUUUUAGAAAGCUUCAUACUACUAUUCUAUAUCUCGAUAUUGGUGAUUUUAACCAAGAUUAUAAUCCAGAACUGGUGGUUCUUAAAAUUUUAAACUUAGUUUACACUAUACGGAGUAAUGUAGAGUUGUUUUAGCAAUGUUCUAAAUGGCUUAUUGAUGAUUUCAGGAAUUUCUGGAAUUCCUUCAAAUUUGAUCAAUCAAAUUCAACUUUACAAAAUCUGGUUUUAGUAUCUAUUAAUUUACAAGUCAUAUUGUCUGAUGAAAAAGACUUUAACUAUCCUUGGUGCCUCUACAUGCCCUUUGUUGAUCUGAUGCUAUUUUAACACCAGGUUUUGCCUUUGUCUAUUUUGAUGAUGAGCAUGAGCUGCUGUUCGUCAUGUGGACAAUGUUGUGUUUGGGUAUGUCAAACACAGGCUAUUAGUGGAAUGGGCAAGGGGGGAGCGUGGUAACAAACAUCGCGAUAGAUCCAAGGCUGUGGCAAAUCAGAGGCCAACCAAAGCUCUGUUUGUGAUCAAUUUUGAUCCUCACUGGACUAGACUCCGUGAAUAGAGAGACUGAGCAUUAUGGAAAAAUCCACCAUGUCCGGAUUUGGAGGAAUUUCGCCUUUGUCCAGUUUGAAACUCAGGAAGAGGCAGCAAAAGCUUUGGCCAACACGAUGCGCCACUUCUCUCCAUACCUUCAACGGAAGCAACCACGAAUCUAUCAAGAUCCAGUUCAAGAGAUACAAAGUUCUUGAUUCAGAGUGUUAGCGGAGGAAUACCGAGAAGACAAGAAAACGUGGAAGAAACAUGCGAGUGCUUAUAAAAGAAUCAACAAAAUCCUUGAUUCCGGAAGGUAUCGUAACAUAAUGGAUAUGAAUGCUGGAUUGGGAGGUUUCGGUGCAAAGCUUACAUCUCCAAAGAUGUGGGAUAUGAAUGUUGUGCCCACAAUAGCUGAGAAGAACACUUUGGGUGUUAUUGUUAUAUAUGAACAUGUAAUGAUUGGCAUCUACCAUGACUGGUGUGAAGCCUUCUCCACCUAUCCGAGGACCUAUGAUUUGAUUCAUGCUAAUGGAAUCUUCAGCUUAUAAAAGAAUAAGUGUGAAUAUGAAGACAUUCUUAUAGAGAUGGAUAGGAUCAUGCGGCUAGAAGGGGCGGUGAUCAUUAGGGACGAAGUUGACGUGCUUGUAAAGGUGAAGAAGAUAAUCGGUGGCAUGCGGUGGGACUUCAGAUUGAUAGACCACGAAGACGGUCCCCUCAUCCGGGAGAAAAUCCUUGUUGCAGUCAAAUAGUAUUGGACUGUCGGUGGGACCAACUCAACUAUUAGUGUAACACAAUGAGGAAAAAGGAAGGAGGUUGGCAGCCCUUUGAGCAGCUAGAAAGACAGAAGGCGGUGAUUAUACAAGCAGUUUGAUGGUAAAAUCCCCUUCCAUUCGUUUUUACCACACGAAGCUUUGCUCCACAAGGGGAUUCAUUCAUCAAUGGAGCACGCGGGCUAUGGUAAUGUAAUUUAUCUAUAUCUGCUCUUCUGUUUGCUCCAGAAAAUAUGGAGAUGAAAAAGUUAGGUUUGUAACAUUUACUACUAUUAUGUUGUUUUUUGUUCUUCUUCCUCUUUUGAGGGAAACCGUCUUCGAUUUCAUGCCAAAAAAAAUGAAGCCUUUGUGAUCUUAGUAAAAUGUGUGAGUACCCUUUUCUUUCUUCAAGGAUUGUGCCUCCAUGAUUCUCUUAGCAGUAAUCCCAUUCCCUAGAGACUUGAGGAGGACAUUUGUUCUUACUAUUUCUCUCUAAUAAAGUGCUUACAUUACA